GCGAGUGUAAUCAAUCUCAAGAAACUCAUUUAUGUCCUUUUCUAAAUAAAUGAAAUAAGAGGAAACAAAAAUUGGGAGGUAAAACCGUAUCAAGAACGGAUCACGCCCGAGCCCGUUGUCAUUUGUUGUUAUUUGGCAUGUUGACAAGGCAAUCCAAGUCCAAAAAUAUUUGUAAUAAAAGUUUGUUUACGAAUAAAUAAAUGUUUAGUGAUCAGUUCCGAACAUCUUAAGGAUUUUAGAAAUCCUGACUAAAGAUGCAGUCUCAGCUUGAAGCAGCAUUAUUAGGUCAAACUUCUCAAAGCAAUAACCAAGAUGUGGACGAAAACAAAGACAAUAAUUCUGAAGGGAAAGAAAAUGAAGAGAUGGAAGAGAUUGAGAAAUCGGGAAUGAGAGUGAAUGGUCGCAUUGCAUCACCAGAAAAGAGUGAGAAGGAAGUAACUGAAUCCUCUAAAAUUCAGCCGAUUAAACCACCGGCCCCGCCGGUUUUUGGAAGAGAAUCCAACAAUAGGACAGUGACCCUGCAGAAUUUACUAUCUGCGGGUAUUUUGCAGCCCGGUCCUGGGGCUAUGACAAUAGAAUAUUUGGGACAAAAAUUUGUUGGAGAUCUUCUCGAAGACGGAAAAAUCCGCAGUCAAGAAACAGACACCAUUUUUGCUUCGCCCAGUGCUUGGGCAAUAGCUUGUAAACGAUUUAUUAAUCCCGACAAAAAAUCCGGUUGUGGAUGGGCGUCUGUAAAGUACAGAGGGAAAAAAUUGGAUGCGUUUAAGAACGUUUGGUAUAAGAAGAAAAAAGAAGAGGACGAAAAGCAAGAGAAGUUGAUGAAAGAAAGAGAAGCUGCUAAUAUGGAACAGUUGCUACAAAGGAGUAUGAUGAAUUCCAUGAUGUAUCAGAGAAUGGUGGUUAAACACAAUACCAUUACGAAUAGGACAAUUACCCACGAUACGAAUACAAUGAUCGAAUGCGUGCCAUUUUCAAGCUUAGGAAAACUACAGCCGUUUUUAAUUACCAUGACAACCAAUUCUGCAUUCCUUAUGGAUUUUCAUUGCCACUUGACGAAAUCUGAGGUGUCCGGAUAUCUUGCGGGACGUUGGGAACCCAACACACAAAAUUUACACGUCAAACGUGCUUUUCCAUGUCGCUGUUCAAAAAAGGAUAGAUCCAGUUCCCGAUACAUAGAAACCGAGAUAAAGAAAACCAUAGAAAGAGAAAAGCUCACUCUUAUCGGAUGGUACCAUUCUCAUCCAACAGCUGCAGCUGCCCCAACAUUAAGGGAUAUUGAUGCUCAAUUAGAAUAUCAAAUUAAGAUGAAAGGAGUUAAGGACAGCAGCUAUUCACCUUGUAUAGGAGUUAUAAUAUCCCCGUAUAACUACGAUACCCCAUCUCUAGAGUCUAGCAUCAUAGCCUAUUGGGUUAUACCUCCACCGGAAUCGAAGCCGAACGAAUACGGACGACCCAUGCUGAUGUCCUACAGUGUAACACAAGACUCCGUUGUGUCCCCCCACAUAAAAGACGAAAUGAAAAAGUGCAUCGAAUAUUAUAAGAAAGAGACUGAUUACAUUAAUUUCGCAGAUAGUUACAUGGGAACCACCUGUUAUAUAGAUAAGUUAAGGACUACCCUAAUGUCAAAGUUCCCCAGAGAAGAGUCAGAGACAGCUUUGUGGAAGUUUAUCAAGGAGAUCCUAGGUUUGCCUGUGGAAGAGAAAGAACCUUUGAUUAGUAUACCAACAGUGUCGAAACCUAGCCAGUUCUUCCACACCUUUACCCCUCCAGCUAGUAUGGCAUCGAGUUACAUGUUACCUACGGAUAUCUCCAGUAUACUUUACAAUUCUGGUAAAUUUCCCAGCGCUACAAGUCUUUUAGGCUUACCAGACCCCAUGGCGCAUAGUACCCUUGCUGCCAACAAUAUGUUUUUGCAGUCGAACUACUUCAAAAUGCAAGAUAUGUUUAAGCCAUUUACGUCCAGCGCUCAUCUACCUCCUCCUCCUGUGCCCCCACCAUCAAGACUCAAUAGAUCAGAUAAGUCGCUUCCAAGUGCAGCCUUGGGGUCUCCACUUCCUUCUACUUCUUCCUUGAAGAUACCUUCUGAGAUGAAACUUCCAAAGAGGAAUCAUGCAGAUAAUUAUUAUCAUACGAAGUCCAAGAAGGAUUACAACCAACACGAAUUCACAAUGCCAAAAGUCCCUAAGGAAUUCUCGAUGACUGAUUACAUAUCGUCGUUGGGAAAGGCUACUGUGACGAAACCUGAGUUUCUGAUGCCCGAUUUGAGUAGUAUAAAUAAGCAUUUGAACGAGUUUAGUCUUAGUAUGGGUAGAAAAAAGGACUACGGGGAAAAACCGCCUAAAAUACCUAAGUUGAAUUAUUCUAGUGGUACCUUAGACUUAAGUUUUACUAAGAAGUCGCCUACCUCUUCGUUUAUUUCUGAUGUUCCUACGGAUCUGACCGUCGGUGCUACAAAGAGGGUUAGUGAAGGGGAGAGUAAGCCUUUGAAUCUCAGCGCCGGGUAAAAAUAGAUUAAGUUGAGUUGUUUCCGGUUUAAAUGAUCUAAUGUGGUUGGAUGUGUUGUUGACAGAUGAUGGCCUUUUUUCUGGUUUGAAUGAUCUGAGAUUUAUAGAAAAUGGUGUUGCGUGUUGACAGAUGACAGCGAAGGGUUAGCAUGAAAUGUUACUGAGUCGGGAACCAAAAGUUUUGUCAUUGAUAUGUUUUUUUAAUAUUUAUUCAGUGCUAAUUUCUAAGGGUAAACAAUCAGAUUGUCUUAUGUUAUUAAUAGAAAUUUCUUUCUCAUGUACAGAGAUAUGUGUUUCACUGUGACAUUAUUCAUAUGAGAUUCCACAGAAAUAUUUACACAGUUGAAUCUAGAAUAUUCAUUAAUAUGAACAUGUUGAAAAGAGACCAAUAAAAAAAAAGUUUUGAAGAGUGAAAAACUAAAAACUAUGAAAGACAAAACAACUUAUUGUAAAUAAACACAGUUGUGUUUAUUUACAAUGGAAAGACACAUUCUAGGUCAGCGAUACUCAACCUUUUUCUAUCCUAGGCCACAUAGUAGCUAUUGCCACAGCUUGCGGGCCGCAAUCAAGAUGAAGAGUAUACAGGGUGUUUCAUUGGGAAACGAAAAUACUUGAAUGGUGAAUAGAGGUAAAUGAGGCGGUACUAGACAUAAUAAAUUUAUUGCUCCACCGGCUUCAUAACCGAGUUACAGGGUGUUUUAUCGAUUUUGCCCAUUUUUUCUGGACCCAUAACUUUAGAACCACCUUGUAUAUUUUUUUGAUAUUUGGUACACAUAUGUCACAUUUAGAACCCAAACCCAUAACUACUAUUAACAAAAAAAUUCAGGUCCGGAUUAAACAAAAUUAUAAAUCCAUUGUCACCUUGAAACAACAUCCUGUAUAUUGAAAUUUUCAAAACCCGUUUGCACAUUUGAAAAGAGCUUUAAUGGAGCUUUCAUUUUUUGCGCAGACAAUUCAAUGACUUUAAUUUUGAAAUUAUGUCGAAAUUUUUAAGAACUCAAACUUUCAAAACAAAAAUUUCGAUAUAAUUUCAAAAGGUCCGCAACAUUGUUUAAAUAAUCAAAAUCUCAAAAAAUUAAGGAAAAAUUUGACGUUUUCUUCGCUUUUUUGAUUAUAACUUUAAAAGUAUUCAUUUUCGAGAAAAGUUGCAUUGACAUAAAAGUUGCGUAAUUGCAAAAUAGCAAUAAUUGAGAAAAAAACAUAAAAAACAAGUAUUUGCAGUUUACGUUUUUCAACCAUUUAUGCUACAUUUAGGACCUUCAUAUUUCACCCAGAAAACUUUAUGAUAGAGUAAAACAAUACUGUAAAUUUCAUUAAGAUCAGUUAAAUAGAUUUUGCAAAAUAAAUUUUGCAAUCCAGCUUUUACAAAAAAAAAUUCAUUUUUUCAAAAUGUGGCAGGACUGAAAAUAAAGCAGACAGGAAGUUGAUCUUUUUUUACAUAUAGAAGAAUACUGUACCUUUCAUUUGCAAUUUGCAAAAUUAAAAUCGGUUAACUACCACGACGUCAGGAAUUUUUUUAAAUAAACAUUAAUUUUUGGUGCUACGCGCAGGACAGCGGAUACGUUUGCUCUGAUUGGGCAUUCCACACAUCAGCACACUAUCACUUUUUUCUCCAACAUGUUAGCUAUGUGUAUGCCAAAUUGCAUGUCAAUCUAAGCGGUUCUUGAAAAUCUGGAGGUUUUGCAAUAUUUUACCGUAAGUGCAUGAACUUAUAAACUUAUCAAUGACAAAACAGCAAAACUCAGACAUAUCAAUGCCUUGAUAUGCUUGGUUCCACCACUCCCUAACAUUUCUGCAAAGGGUAAUAAAGAUACUAUUAUUUGGCUAAAGUCCGCCAAGGGGGUCGAAAAUUUUAUGGCGGGUUUAACCCAAAAAGAUUCCAUGCCUCGAGCUCAAAGAGACAAUAAAUGCCUGAAAGUUGAUUGCGCGGGAAUGCGCUGUUGCCAAAUUUACAAAUUCAAAUUAAAUUUUGUUCUUUCUUUUUUUUCUUCUCUGAUUCUGGCCUUGGUUUAGAACUAGAACCUUUAGCCACGUAAUUGUAUAACUUAUCACUAACUCAGGUGUAAUGUGUAGUGUGUGUGUUGAUUAAGUAUCUUGUUACUUUGCAAAGUCGACGUCAUUGUCUUUGCAAAGAGACGCUAAUUGUAUCCGAACGUCUGUGGUUCGUCCGGUGAGUACCGAUUUGUUCUUUCUUGUAUUAAUAAAUAAAGUACGGUUGAAUAUGACAUAUAUGAAAUGAAAUUACAAACAAAGUAGACUUCGGUCCUUGACAAAAUGACAAAUAUUGAUCAUUACUGACUGAGUAUUAUUUAAUGAACAUUUAUUAUCGUACAUUUAUUUAGGACAAUAAUUACAAGACAUGCGAUUAGUUAUACUCGAACUAAAUUACAGUUCGUCAAGAAUAGCAAUGUCUCUGAGUUUUGACAAGAAUAUAAAUUUGGAGGGGGUGAUCCGCCAGUAGUCUGAAUAUACUUAGUUUCAAAUAUCUUUUUGGACUGAUGAAAAAAUUGUCGAAACUACAUUUUAAUUGAUAAAGAAUUUUGCACUCUGACUUCGAGUUUCAUUUCAUAUACACUGCGCGUCAGAUAAAACGGGCUUCCUACAAAUUGGGUCAUUUUUGAUGUCUCGAAUUUCCUAAACCUGUUAUCCGAUUUAAGUUACUUUUUAAAUAUGUUAUAGCCUUAUUCUUUAACAAUAUCGCUGUAAUAAUAUUGUUGUUAGACAGGUAAGUUGUUAGACAUAAAAAAGUUAGGUACAUUAACAACUAGCCUUGUUUUUCAUCAAUACAGGGUGUUUUUAAAUAAGUAUAGCAAACUUUAAGGGGUAAUUCUGCAUGAAAAAAUAAUGACAGUUUGCUUUAUAAUUGUAUGUCUGCAAAUGCUUUGUUUCCAAUAUAGGGGGUGUUGAAAUUUUUGUUACAAACUGACGAUUUAUUUAUUGCUCUAAAACCGGGUGAGAUAUGCAAAUGAAAUUUGGUGGUUUUUAAGAGGUAGUUAUUAUGCAUUUUUUGACAUACAAUUAAGAAUUUUAUGUUCACCAUUGGCGCACAUAAGGAUCAUAUUACCCGUUUGCGCGCCAAUGGUGAAUAUUGAAUUCCUAAUUGUAUAUCAAAAAUGCUCAAUAACUACCCAUUAAAACCCACCAAAUUUUAUUUGUAUAUGUUAACCGGUAUUAGAGCAAUAAAUAAAUCGUCAGUUUGUAAGAAAAAUCCCCUACCCCUAUCUCGGAAACGAAGCAUUUGCGGACAUACAUUUAUAAAGCAAACUGUCAUUAUUUUUCAUGCCGAAUUACCCCUUAAAGUUUGCCAUACUUAUUCAAAAACACCCUGUAUUGAUGAAAAACAGGGCUACUUGUUAAAGUACCUAACUUUUUUAUUUGAGAAAAAAUCACAGUUUGAUUGGUACACCCGGUAUAAUGACAAUUUACCUGUCUAGCAACAAUAUUAUUACAGCGAUAUUGUUAAAGAAUAAGGCUACAUGUUAAAAAAAUCCCUUAAAUCGGACAACGGAUUUUGGAAAUUUGAGACAUCAAAAAUGACCCAUUAAGGUGGUGCGUUGAUUUGUUGGAGAAGUGUAUAAAUCAUAAGCAACUGUAUUUUAUUUAUCAAUACAAGAAAGAACAAAAUUUAAUUUUAUUCCGUAGACUUGGCAACAGCGCAUCCGCGCGCAAUCGUUUUUCGAGUAUUUAUUGCCUCUUCGAGCUCCGGGCAUAGAACCUUUUUGGAUUAAAACCGCUAAAAAAUUUUCGACCCCCCUUGGCGGCCUUUAGCCUUUUAUUUUUGUAGAUAUGUCUACUGCUUCAUAAGAAACAGUUGGAGGAUAAAUGAUUUUCAGUCUCGUUAUCUCCCAACUCGAGCACUAGACCGUUCCCACUAAUUUUUUUCAUUCAUAGUUGUCCGUACUAAAUGUCUUUCAGAAUAUUUGGAUAUUAAAUAAUCAGUAUUUGUACUAUGAACAAAAUUGUUGUUACGAUCUAAAUUAUGAGAUGUGUUUUUAACCUUCUUAAAAUAAUAGGUGAGUGGGGAACCCCCAAAAAGAUGCAUAAAAAACUAAGUAUUCCCCUCCCCCAAACUACUUAUCCAAAAAACCAAGUGUAACCGAUUCUUUACAUUAUUUAAAACCUAAAUAUUUUUUUCUUUUACGAAUGGAAGAUAAUUCGUUGUAACAGUUUAUUGCAAAAUAAAAGAAAAUUAAAAAAUUGGAAAAAAUUUCUAUUUAGGUAUAUUUGGCAAAAAUAAACACUUUUUGUCAUUCGUUAUACAGGGUGUCCAGAAACUCUACCGACAAACGAAGACAGGAGAUUCCUCAGAUAAUUUAAGACAUUUUAACCCAAUUCAUCUAGUCCGAAAAUGCUUCCUAAGGGAGCUAGAGCUCUUUGAAGAUGGCGUCUUGUAAUUCGUUUUUCUUAAAUACUCCCAGUACGUUUCUAUUUAGAAAAACGAAAAUUGGUAUGCAUAUUUAUCUUCCAAAGAUAAAUCGAUUCCAUUUAUUACGAAUUUAUAGUACCGGUCAUAGGCGUCCGUUUUGGGUAGGGCAACGGUUAUUGUAUCGCAUAACUUUUAUGUCUUUAACUUUUAACGAUUUUUGACACUGGAUUAUUAAAUUGUGAGGUAUUCUAGUACUAAAAGGGGGGGGUAUAGUUAAUUCUGCAUUUUUGCAUAAUUUUAAAACGUUUUCCCUUGAAAGUGGUAGGGUUAAAUUAAAUGGGUAAAAGGAUAUCUUAAAGAACAACACUUGAAGAUUAUUCAGUUAAAUUUUUAUUGAAAAAUAUUAAAAAAUGAGGCAGUGGCAUCAUUUUUAAGUAGAUGAUCCAAAAAAAGAUGAUUUGCGGUGUACACCAUAUCUUCGGACAGAAUCAUUUGAAACAACCAAAAAAAUUAUUUUAGUUUAAGAGUUUUUUGAGGUAGUGACGUCGAGUUUUUAUGAUUAUAUUGAUUUUUAAAUUCAUGGUAUAACUUUAAAGUGAAAAAAUCGAAAAAAACAAAAAAAAGUGUGUUCGGUAAAGAGAAAAAUGGUAAUAUAAACAAAAAAAACUAUUAAAAUAAGCAAAAACUCGACGUCACUACCUAGUAAAAUAUCUAAAAAAGAAGUGUGCAAAAUUUCAGAAAGAUCGGUGCAUUACUUUUUGAGUUAUGAUGUACACCGCCUCAAAAAAACAUGUUUUUCAGAAAACGCGUUUAAAAUAAUACUAAGAAAAUUUUUGUAUAUAUCCAUAUCUCCGUCAAUUUUGCUCGGAUUAACUUGAAAUUUUAAUGGUAUACUCUUGAAAAUAUUUACAAUCAAAUAAGCCAAUAUAAAAAAACAAUGUGUGUGUACUUUGUACGCACGUAAGAAGAUAUAAAUAUACUUAACAGGUUAUUUGUAUUUUAUUUAAAAAUUAAACUAACUGUCUUAUCUACCACUUUCAAAAAUUUUUAUAAAAACAACCAAAAAUAAAAAAAAAAUAUGAAUCGCCCAGGAUUCGAACUCGCGUCCUUCCAAUCUCUGAGCUAACGCCCUACCAACUACUCCAGCGAGGUCCUUGUAAUUGACGUGUAAGUUUCGGAUAUAAUUACACAACACGGCGACAAAUAGUGUAAAAAUGUUAUGCCUACAUAAUAUUUUAUUAUUUUACUACAGAGAUACACAAAUCCAAAAACACAAGAAAAGAAUUAUAAUAAAUAAUACAUUUACUAAAAACACUAAUAUAUUCUUUUAAUGACUUAUUUGCACGGUUACAGAUACAUACAUACCUAUCUUGAAAGAUUAGCAAUGAACUACAUGCUGUCUGUGUGCGCAGGCGCGCAGAUUUAUGUACAAUUUUACCCUCAAUCGAAUCGCCGCUAAAGAAGAAUAUCUUCAAAAAUCCAAAAAAAUAAUCAAAAAUACUAUACCCCGCCUUAAGUCGGUAGGACACACCGUUUUCUAGAAAAAUCGAUUUGGAAAUUUUUCGUUUUUUGAAUUUCCUAAAAAAAUUUCACAAAAAAACCAUUUAUAGAAACGAAAACUGGUACUUUUAUUUAUAUUCCAGAGAUCAAUCCAUUUCAUUAAUUGCGAAUUUGUAGUACCGGUCAUAUGCGUCCGUUUUGGGUAGGUCAACGGUUAUUUUAUCGCAUAAUUUUUUGUCCUUAAUUUUUAAGCAUUUUUGACUCUAGAAUAUUAAAUGAUGAGGUAUUCUAGUACUAAAAGUUAUUCUUGCUUUAAGUUGGUAAAAUACAGUUUUUUUAAAAAAAGACUAAGUUUUCACUCUAAUGGCAUAUAGAACAACAUAAUGCUAUUCUACAUCCCACCAGAAUGAAAACAAUGGGAACCUUCUCUGGUUACACCUCCGAGGCUUCUAUAAUUUGCAAGCCAUACGGAUGCUGAAUACGGAUGAUGAAACAUAUAAAUGUUACAUUUACUCUGUGUGGAGUAUGAAGGGAACCAUUCUCGUUGGAACUUUACCGCGCUGAGCAGAUGGGACGUGAAUUGUAAAUUGUAGAAUUCCCUCAUCUUCCUUAGUCUCAGCAUCCGUAUGGCUUGCAAAUUGUAGAAGCCUCGGAAGUGUAACCAGAGAAGGUUCCCAUUGUUUUCAUUCUGGUGGGAUGUAGAAUAGCAUUAUGUUGUUCUAUAUGCCAUUAGAGUGAAAACUUAGUCUUUUUGGUAGCAGUUGCCGCUAGGGCAUCUAUGCCAUUUCGUUCGUUGCAAUCCGGGACUGCACGCUGGGGUUUGUUUUGGUUGGAUCGGGGAGAGCAGCAUAUGUGCCUCCUGAUGAGAGACUAAUAAGUUUCGAAACCGGUAGGGGUGCUUGCAGCACUCUCUGAUUGGACUAGAAUAUGGUUCGGCUGUGUUUUCGAUUUGCAACGAAAUUGAAAAUGGUUAUUCAUUUUUGACAGUUUUUUUAAUUUUAAUUUUUUUUUUCAAAUUUAGAAAACGAAAAAUUUUGAAAUCUUUUUUUCUAGAAAACGGUGUGUUCUACCGACUUAAAUCAAGACAACCUUUUAGUAUUACAAUAUCUCACAAUUUAAUAAUCUAGUAUCAAAAAUACUUAAAAGUUGAAGACAAAAAAGUUAUGCCAAAAAAUAACCGCUGCUCUACCCAAAACGGGCGCCUAUGACCGCUAUUAGAAAUUCGCAAUGGAUGGAAUCGAUUUACCUCUGAAAGAUCAAUAUAAGUACCAAUUUUCGUUUUUCUAAAUAGAAGCGUUCUGAGGUAUUUAAGAAAAACUAAUUACAAAACGCCAUCUUCAAAGAGCUCUAGCUCCCUUAGGGAGCAUUCAAGUAUUACGUAACGCGAUUUUUGAAGAUUUUUACCCCCCCCCCCCCUACGUAACGCACUCUUAUGGGAGUUUAACUAUUGCGUAACGCAAUUUUUGAAGAUUUUUGACCCCCAACCUGCGUUACGUAAUCAGGGCCGUAACUACGAUGUUGGGGGCCUCGGGGCAAACGUAAUCUGGGGGCCCCCUACCAACCAGCGCAAAGGGGGUCCGGAAAAAUGUUUGAUAUUUAACCCUUUGAAAACGCAUUUUCCCUCCUGUGUGAACACCACACUCUCUUCUUUCUUUUUUUUUCAGCAUGUCUUGCAAUAAUUAUAAAAUUAGCAACUCUAAUGAAUACAUCUUCAUCUGUAUCUGAUAUUGUGGACGGAUCAUUAACGAAUGCGUUCGUACGCUACAAUGUAAAUGGUCUUACUUUGUAGCGAACGAAUAACCAAGCGAACUACCAAGCAAACGUAAAUGCACAUUAAGGUGCCUUAAACAACUGCAAUGUGAGCCAAACACAGUCAGUGAAGCUGGUCAGUGUAGUGGUGGGACUGAUCCUAAUGUGCUCAUUCUAUCUUACCCUUACCCUUCUUUUCAAAAUGUGGUACCAUGUGGUUCCUUUCACAUACCAAGAUGUUGUCUGGGAAAAUUGGCUAAGACAAAGUAGCUGGGCUGGGACCCCUAUUCCGGUUGCAUUUUAAUUUUUAUUUAGCCAAAAUAUCUAAUUUCCUCAGCAACAAUUUAUAUCUUUACGAAAGGUCUCGGGGGCCCCAGCUUAGCCCCGGUCCCCUCUUCCAAUGGCAUUUUAGGUUUUGUUACGCCGAAAUAACUAAUUUCUUAACUAAUAAUUUAAAUUUUUAUGUUAAGCUCUCGGGGGUCCCAGCUUAGCUCAGGCCUCAGGGCCCCUGUUCUAUUCCAAUUGCAUUUUAGUCGAAAAGACUAAUUUCCCCAGUGAAAAAUUAAGACUUUAUGUUGCUGUCUUUUUAAAAUUGUGUCAUUUGAAAAUAUUUCGUUGAUAUCGGCUAUUAAAUUACAUAUUUUUAUUUUCCUCGUUAAAAUCUAUGCACGGCCAACCAAAAGAAGGCCUAUGUGGGCCCCCUUGGCCGGGGGCCCCGGGGCACUGCCCCGGUUGCCCCAAUGGUAGUUACGGCCCUGUACGUAAUACUUGAACGGUUCCUUAGGAAGCAUUUUCGGACUAGAUGAAUUGGGUUAAAAUGUCAUAAAAUUAUCUGAGGAAUCUCCUGUCUUCGUUUGUCGGUAGAGUUUCUGGACGCCCUGUAUAACACAAGUUAGUUACAUUUUGUCAGAUAUAAUUGGCUGGAAAUUAUUAUACAACCAAGCACACGUGCUCAUAGCCAGUAUCAAUAGUAAACAAAUACAAGAAUAAAAAACCGUUAAGAGCCGUAAAAAUGAGUGGCGCACCCAAUAUGCCAGCUACAAAAGAGCUGAUAUGAGUGGUGCAAAAAUGUAUUUUCACUGUGAUGGAAAAUAAAAUUCUAAUUUUAUUUUGAAAGAUUUUUCCAUAACAUUUGCUAAAUUUGAAGUAAAACGCUCCACAAAAGAGUACCUUUGAUAAAGUUUACAGUUUAUGGAAACCAUAUACCAAAUAUUAUGGAAACCAUUUUAUCUUUCAAAAUAAAACUAUAAUUUUAUUUUCUAUCAAAAUGAAAAUACAUUUUUGAGCCACCUAAUAUUCAUACCAGCUCUUUUGUAGCUGGGGUAUUGUAUGCGCCACUCAUUUUUACGGCGUUUAGCGGUUUUUUAUUCUUGUAUCAGGAGUUUUUCAAAGUUUUUUUAUAAAUUAAGUGUAUGACCUUGAAUGUAAUAUUUCUCAAUUACACGUUAAGCAUUAUAAAUGGUCGCCUUUGUCGCAUUAUUGCCCAAAUGAUCUAGUGGUUACGACACUAAAUUUGUGAUCGGACAAUCCGACUUCAUAUCCCAGUCAUCCCAAUACUUUUUUUUGCAAUAUAAUUCUGUGUGUGCAUCGAUUGUACACUAGAUUUGUUUUCUAUUCGGAAUUAUUUACUAUUUAUUUUGCUCAACAGGCCAUGUAUGCCCUGGGCGUGAUUCUAUUCAAAAAAAUGGGAUGGCUAACAAAUAAUCAACUCGGAUAACCCAAUCAUAUUGAGCGUCGUAACCACCACAACUAGACCAUUUCGGCGAUAAUGGUUAAAUGGUUUAUACUUUUGGAGCUCGAUAACUUCUAUACGCCUUAACCGAUUUUGAUCACUAAACAUGAGUUAGAAAGGUAUUGACAAGUAGUGUCUGAUGCAUCUAAGAUCAAAUACGAUAACUGAAGGUAUAAUAGGAUUUAGUGAGCUUGAAAAAUCGUUUUCCCAGAGGAAGUGGAAUUAUUAAAAUUAUUUUAAUAUAACUUAAAAAUUAGUAUUUUCCCAGAUAGGAGGUAUACACCGUUAGACACGUCUAAAGUCCUCCGACAAACGGUCAGUUAUUGGCGCAAUUCGUAGGUUGAAAUUUUGAGUAAUUGUCGAAAAACCAAAAUUUUUAAAGCUCGAUUUUUUAGUUUUUCGUCUAUAUUGAGCCGCGUGUAUGUCCGAUCCUGAAACUGCAUUGAAAUUUUGAAUUUUCAAAGUUUAAUUUUUCAGUUUUUUAUUUUGUGACAGAUAAUAGGUAGGUAUAGGUACAGGACAGAUAUAGGUAGGUGCAUUGUGCAUGUGCAAAAUUGAACAAUUUUUAAGUUUCGUUUAAUUUUGCAAUACAGUUAAUAACAAAUUAUCUGCCAUUCGUACAAGAAAAAAUAUUUAGGUUUUUUGUUUCAAAUUAUAUAAAGAAUGGAUAACGUUUGUUUUGGACCAGUAGUUUUUAAUGGGGAGGGGGGUUAUUUGUUUUUAUGCAUCUUUUUGGAGAUGGCUGCUCGCCUAUAAGAAAAUAAUUAGUUUUAAGUUUAAUAUUGUAAUUAGGUACAAUUAUUCUUUGUCAAAUGGAUUAUGUUGUUGAAAACACAUGUCAGGGCAUUAAUACUCUUUUAUCUCUUAGUUGUCUAAAAAUUCAAUUAACGAGUACCAUGUGAUGUACAGUUAGGUUGUGUACAGUGCCCGCUCCCAAUUCAUUUUUCUUAAAGGAAAUAGUCCAGUAAUACAAGACAUUUUUUUUUGAAAUAUUUGUUACAAGUACCUCUUUUAUCGCCUGUCAAUGAGAACAAAAACAGGAUAUUACCUCCGAAUUAUAUCCUACUGUAUAGAUUUUAAUGAAAUUUUAUCUCUUAAGUUAAAAUCUACCCUAUUAUCUUGGGGGUGGUUCCCACUUCUUCUUGGAGGUCGAAAAUUUUUUGGUCAAAAUAACCACGGAGUGGCUAGAGAACCUAAUUAUGAGCAAAAACUGUUCUAUAAUUUUUUUCUGAACACUCGAUACUUUUUGAGAAUGAAAAUUUGCCAUAUUCAUUGAAAAAUGACACCUUUUCGGACGAUUUUUUGCGAAUACCUUAAAAAUUAUUCAUCAACUCGUUGAUAUUUAAUAACUCAAAAAGUAAUGAUUUAUUUUAAUAACUUCAUAUAGCAAAUUUUGCUUAUAAUUUGUCCCUCUAUUGAUUUGUAGAGUUAUUUUUAAUAAAAUAAUUUUCACCACCGAGAAGGGGUGGUAUCCACCCCCAGGGUAAAAGAGCAAGUUGGCACCAUUUAAUUUUUGUUUCUUGAGGUAUCCUCUAACUACUCAUCAAUUUUCAUGCAAAUCGAUGGAUGUUCAACGAAAUCGGAGGUGAAAACCUUCAGUGACUGCACUAUUUUUCCACUUUCACUCCUUAUUGCUACUUCCUGUAUCCACUGAGGUGUCAGCCUGCAAGGGAUCAUAAUUACCAAUAUACAAUGGACGCAUUUCACAGGACAAACUCUAUAUUACUUAUGACGAAGAUUUUUCGGCUCCAGCUCUUAGUCUACGUAUGUUGAUGUUAGUCUAUAUCAGCAUUAAAUUUGUCGUCUUCAGCGGUUUUUUGUUUGAACUUUCAUCCGAUGAUUGCUGUUGGAUAUUGUGAAGAAAAGGUGGAGGAAUGGAGAUUCCUGGUCCAUGAGGUACAAGUCGUUUAGCAGACGGUAAAUCCUUGACAUCACAAGAGCAAAAGUAACAGUCGUCUCUAUGGUUUUUUGGUUCCCUCUAUACCUUUUUGGCAGUUUUGUAGACAGUCUUUAAUCGCUGACGGCCAAAUCUGAAUAAUAUGGCGUAUGCUCAAAUACUCCGAAGCUGCUUGAACGAUCACACCUGUCGCAAUGACAAGACUUGUGGCUAGAUGGAUUAUCCUCAUGAAAGAAAUCCCACAAUGAGCUCUUUUAACCUUCGGAUGACCAAGCGUAAGCUUUUCUUUAAUAAAUUCAAAAGUAUUUUCAAUUUUUAACUCAUUUUUUUUUAUUUGACUUUAAUAUCAUUCUAGAUAUCCUCAUAUUUUGAAAUAAAAAAAAUUCCCUAUAUUUUACGAAUAAAAAAUAUAUUCUGAAGUUGAUGUUUAGUAAAAUACCGUCUAUUAUGUGGAAUUCCAAGUAGUUUUACACUGCGCGUUAUCAAAAUCUAUUUUUAGACUGUGGUGCCUGUUAUGUACGAAUCAUGACAUUCCUGUCUGCUACAGUUAGUCACUAUUAUUAUUUCCUGGCGUAUAUUAUUUUAGUUUCUUAGUAUUUUGUGUACAUAUAAGAUACGGCCCGCAAAUAUCUUACAGAGACUGAGUUACAGGAAAUUGUUACUGCUAGCGAUUUUUAUGAUGAUACAGAAGAUGAAAUAGUAUCAGAAAACGAGGAUGUAUUGUUAGAUGAAGAUUUAAAUGCUGAAAACAUUCAUUCCAGGUCAUUUUUGACCUGGGGUAAUUUUUUACCCCCUUGGUCAUCCGUGUAACAAAAAAAGGUUGGUCAUCGGAAGGUUAAUUAUAGUUCUCUUCCGCAUAACCGUUCUAGCUGAGAGUUGCAUGUUACAUAUUUUCACCGGUGCGGUGGUGAUACUCAAUAUAUCCACUCAAUACUAUGUAUGGUCUCAACAUCGUAGAUGAUCGUGGACCAUUGUAACAUUUUCCUGUGUACUGCCCAUUGUAGGCGAUCCUUCUUCAUGUCCAUCUAUACACGAUUAUCUACCACUUCUAAACUCAUGAUACAGCUUUUGCAGACACGAUACAUUUCGAUUCUAUAUUCAAUUAUAGUAUUUGCUUGGAAAAACUUAAAAACAACCUGCUAGUUUUCACAAUCAUCCACUAUUAAAAUCACGUUCCACAAUUAACACUUCCCCUGUUCCAGAGUUCCCAUACAUCAAAGUUUGUCCGACUAGACACUGUUAAGCUAUUAACAAAUUUUCAGCUUGCUAUUAAUAAACUUUUUGGGCACGCGGGAUCUAGGCCUAUUACAGACAUUAACAACUUUUACAGCACCUUUGAUUUGGGUUCUUUAGAAAUCGGUUGAAACAAAAACAAUACAAGUAACCUGAUAAAAACGUUCCAAAUAUAUGGUACAUUCAAUACAAAAAUUAAUAUGUACAAUCCAUUUUAAAACACCAAUGAAUCUUUUUUUUUGUUUUUGUAGAUGGUGCGUUAAUCUCUUGGAGCAGUGUAUGUUAAGUAACAUUACAGUUAAUAUUAAUGUUUUUUUUUUUGGUUAGAAUCUGAUAAUUAAAUUAAAACGGCUUUUAGAGAGGUACUUGCAUAAAUAUUUUUUUUCUUUUAAGAUACAUUGUAUAGAGAUUUUUAUUAACUUAAUGUAUUAUAAUUUAUAUGUGAUAUUUUUAACAAUAUUUAUUUUUUUUACAGAGACUGAAUUUUAUGUGUUUGUAUAUGUUUUAAUUUAUGUCACAUUUUGUAAUAUGGCUUUUUUACCGAAUUUUAUAAAUUGUAU